AUGGCAAUAACUGUGAUCCAAAGAUGUGAAUCUAAGAACUCUGCUGUCGUUCCUAGAAAUAGGGUUUACGCUCGUUAUGUUGGAAUUUGUGCUGAUAAUGGUCUAAAACCACUUUCACCUGCUUCAUUUGGUAAAUUAGUUCGUGUUGUUUUCCCAAACUUAACCACGCGUCGUCUUGGUAUGAGAGGUCAAUCAAAAUAUCAUUAUUGUGGGAUAAAAUUACUUGGAGAUAAUAAUCAACCAUCACCAAGUGUCUCUAGUGCUAGUACACCAUUACACAACCCAUCUUUUGACUCCUCCUUCCUUCCAGGAACACCAUAUGAAUCCAAUAGUCCUAAUUCUUUCCAUUCUCAGGCUUCCACUCCUUUACCUUCAAAUUCAACAGCAAGUACACAUGUCACAGUCAUUAGCUCGUUUAUAAAUGAUCAUGUGGCACCAGAUCUCAAGUUUGUUCCAGAUUUGUUGCAAUCUAUCAAUAAUCAAAAUACUGAUCUAGAUUCACCAUUGAUGUUGCCAAACUUAAAACCAUUCCUACCACCAUCCACUGACCUGGAUAUUGCUGAUACCCUCUAUGGUUUAUAUAAGGCACAUUGUACGUCAGUCUUUGAAUCAUUGAGAUAUAUGCAAUUGAAAAAAUUAUUUUCUUUGUUAUCAUCUUUCCAUGGGACACUUACUGCUCCGGUUUUGAAGCUUUAUGUUUCCUCUUCACUGCAUCCUUGGGUUAUUGCAUCAGAUUCGGUUAUGUACAAGGCUAUUAUCAAGAUGCUUGCAAAUUUGGCUCUGCAAGAAAUACCAACGCAUGUUUUACAACAAUUGAAGCAAGUUGCACAAAACUAUACAGAAAAGCUUUCAAUUUCUAUUCAACAUCUUCCAGUUAAACUUGUGGUUUCCAAAUUGAAGCUAGGUAAAGAGUUUUGCCAACUUAUUUCAAGAUUAAUAAGAGUUGCUGAAACGGCACAAUCUGCCAACAAAGUGCUUUCUCAUGAUUUUGAUAGAGAUUUGAUGGAAAAAGACUGGAUUAAAUACGUUGAUAUUGAUUUGAUUGCAUCAAAGGAAUUACCAUGUGAAGGUGAUAAUUUGAAGAAGGCAAUUGAAAUUUUGAAAGUUAAAGUACCAAAAUUGUUGAAGAAUCAAGAUAAUUCUAAGGAGUUAAUCAUCAAUGAGUGGGCAAAUUUCAUUGCAGAACUUCCUCAACAGUUUAAGGAGGUUCCACCAAGGCUAUUUUUGCUUUGUAUUUCAGCACUUUUGACUAGUGCGCUACGUGAAAUUUCAUUAGCUGGUGGUGCAGGUUUUGGUGCUUGGUGGGUGGUUAGAUGUUGGGUAGAUGAAUGGGUUGGGUGGUGCGCUGAACUUGGUGGUUUUGUUUCACAUCAACCAUUCGAUAUAACUGUUGAAGAAAGAAGAUCGUCUAUCAGUGAUAAGGAAAAAGUCAAUGGAAAGCAAGAUAAUAAUAAGGCUAAUGAAGAGUCUGAAGUCCCUGUUGAUCUUCUGGAUGGUCAGUUUGGAGAAAAUAGAGAAGUGCUGAACGUUUCAGAGGAAGGAAAAGAGAGUAAUGGGGAGCCAGAAAAAAUUUAA